UUUGUGAUUGAAACGGUAAUAGCCAAAACCAAUUUUACUCAUGUCGGAAAUGGAUAUUUGCAUGCUUACUGCCAAAACAGGAAUUUUGGGAACAAAAAUUCAGGCUCAUUUUUGAGUCUCAUAUUCAUGCAUGAUCUCUUAUAUGUGGGCAUCAUGAUGUGGACCAGCCUGUACAUGGUAAUUCUCCUCUACAGACACCACAAGAGAGCCCAGUAUCUCCACAGCACAAGCCUCUCCAGCCAGCAAUCUCCUGAGCUCAGAGCCACUCACAGCAUCUUGCUGCUGGUGAGCUGUUUUGUGAUCUUGUAUUGGUUGAAUAAUUUCAUCACCCUUUAUGGGUUUUAUGCACAAACAAAAAUUCCAAGAUUGCAGGGAAUCAAUUCAUUUUGGGCAACAUGCUAUCCAACCAUCUGCCCUUUUUUAAUAAUGAAGAACAAUAAACUUAUUUUGCACUUCACUUCUUCCUUUUCGGCACCGAGAAUGACCUGUUUUCAACAUGCACUCCGUAGAUGA